AUGUUCCGCUCAACGGCUACGGUGGCCGCAGCCACCGCCAUGGGCCUGUUGACGGCCACCGGCCAUGGCUCAUUGGCGAUUGCGCAGGGUACAACUGGUUCCAAUGCGGUCGUCGUCGACGGGACGAACUUCGCUCUCAACGGAGCCAGCAUGUCCUACGUCUUCCACGCCAACAGCACCACCGGCGAUCUGGUCUCUGACCACUUCGGCGCGACCAUCAGCGGUGCCAUUCCGGCUCCAAAGGAGCCAGCCGUCAACGGCUGGGUCGGGAUGCCCGGUCGAAUCCGGCGCGAAUUCCCCGACCAAGGGCGCGGCGAUUUCCGGAUCCCCGCGGUGCGCAUCCGUCAAACGGCUGGAUAUACUGUCAGCGACCUGCAGUAUCAGGGCCAUGAGGUGGUCGACGGUAAACCGGCGUUGCCUGGCCUGCCGGCGACAUUCGGUGAGGCGGGGGAUGUGACGACGUUGGUUGUACAUCUGUACGACAAUUACAGUGCCGUCGCUGCGGACCUCUCGUACAGUGUGUUUCCAGAAUUUGAUGCUGUGGUUAGAAGCGUCAACGUUACGAAUAAAGGAAAGGGCAAUAUUACUAUUGAGAAUUUGGCGAGUCUCUCUGUAGACUUCCCGCUCGAGGACUUGGACCUCGUCAGUUUGAGGGGUGAUUGGGCGAGAGAGGCGAACCGAGAGAGGCGGAGAGUAGAGUAUGGCAUUCAAGGAUUCGGAAGCAGCACCGGCUACUCCUCCCACCUGCACAACCCCUUCUUCGCCCUCGUGCACCCGUCUACGACCGAAUCCCAGGGCGAAGCAUGGGGCUUCAACCUCGUCUACACCGGCUCCUUCUCCGCUCAAGUCGAGAAGGGAUCCCAGGGUUUGACCCGCGCGUUGAUCGGCUUCAACCCCGACCAACUCUCCUGGAACUUGGGACCCGGCGAGACCCUGACGUCCCCUGAAUGUGUGUCUGUGUACAGCAAAGACGGAAUCGGCGGCAUGUCGCGCAAAUUCCACCGUCUCUACCGCAAGCACCUCAUCAGGAGCAAGUUCGCGACAUCGGAUCGGCCGCCCCUCUUGAACAGCUGGGAAGGCGUUUACUUUGACUUCAACCAGAGCAGUAUCGAGACUCUUGCCGAGCAAUCCGCUGCUCUUGGCAUCCGCCUCUUCGUCAUGGAUGACGGCUGGUUUGGGGACAAAUACCCCCGUACCUCCGACAAUGCAGGACUCGGCGACUGGACGCCGAAUCCGGAUCGGUUCCCUAAUGGACUGGAGCCGGUCGUCGAGGAGAUCACAAAUCUGACCGUCAACGACACCUCCGCUGAGAAACUGCGAUUCGGUAUCUGGGUCGAGCCGGAGAUGGUCAACCCUAACUCGAGCCUCUACCGGGAGCACCCCGACUGGGCCCUGCACGCUGGCGCCUACGCACGCACGGAGAGACGCAACCAGCUCGUCUUGAACCUGGCGCUCCCCGAAGUCCAAGAAUAUAUCAUCGAUUUCAUGACAGACUUGCUCAACAGCGCGGACAUCUCCUACAUCAAGUGGGAUAACAACCGCGGCAUCCACGAGGCCCCGUCUCCUAGUACCGACCACGAGUAUAUGCUGGGUGUAUACCGAGUCUUUGACACCUUGACAGCGCGAUUCCCCGAUGUGCUAUGGGAGGGAUGUGCCUCUGGUGGGGGCCGCUUCGACGCGGGUGUUUUGCAUUACUUCCCGCAAAUCUGGACGUCGGAUAACACCGACGGCGUGGACCGAGUCACUAUCCAAUUCGGCACGAGUCUGGCCUAUCCACCUUCCGCCAUGGGUGCACAUCUCUCCGCCGUCCCGAAUCACCAGACGGGCCGCACGGUGCCACUGGAGUUCAGAGCGCACGUCGCAAUGAUGGGCGGGUCGUUCGGACUGGAGUUGGAUCCCGCCACACUUCAGGAUGAUCCAGACGUCCCUGAACUUAUUCAAAUGGCAGAGAAGGUGAAUCCUCUGGUCCUGAACGGGGAUCUCUACCGCCUGCGUUUGCCUGAGGAGAGCCAGUGGCCGGCGGCACUGUUUGUGGCUGAAGAUGGAAGCCAGGCUGUACUCUUCUACUUCCAGCUGUCGCCAAACGUCAAUCACGCAGCGCCCUGGGUCAGGCUCCAGGGCCUUGAUCCGGAGGCGAGCUACACUGUCGAUGGGGAUAAGACAUAUACUGGUGCGACCCUUAUGAACCUGGGUCUGCAGUACACAUUUGAUACGGAGUACGGGAGCAAAGUGGUCUUCUUAGAAAGGCAGUGA